AUGCAAAACGCCCCGGACAUCGCCGCAUCUAUUCAUUCCCGGGCCGUCGUCUCGGCGCACGCAUUAGCCGCGCGGGCGCCCGCCGCGUCGAGGAGACAGGAUAAGCUCCUGAAGGAUGCCUCCUAUUUGAAGACGCGUGGUAAGGGGAAACCGCCUCGCCACUGUAGGGACAGAAGGGUUUUUCCUAAAGGCCAGCACGCGGCAAAGGGAGACACGAGGCUUUGGGAUUCUCCGAUCUUAAGGAACGGACACUCAAACCUCAUGCAACCAAAGGGCACUGCGGGAGCGGCCCUCGAGUAUGUAAGGGAUCUCGUGCAGCUGCACAAAACUUGUCGCCACGAAGAUGCCUCGGCGAGCAGGGCACGACUUCGUGUCCUUGGCGAUGCUGUGUGCGGCUGCGACACGCAGCCGAUUCUCAAUCGGGAUCCUGCGAUUGAGGCAAACCAUCUCUUGUGUGACAUCCGGUCACGGAAGCUUGGCUUUUGGCGAAGAUACCUGUUUGGGAAAACCCGUCAAGGCGACGCGUUAUGCAGGGGUGGGGGUGGGGGGAUACGGAUCUCGCAGACAACGGAACCGAAGCCACGCCGCGCUGAACCACGCCACAGGCCCGACGUACCCCGCACGGUGGAUUGGAAAGCACAUAGUUCGAAUUCUGUGCAAGGAUUAAUCGACGUGGGUAGAUUACUCGCGCCGACAGUCCCCUUAGCUAAAAAGGGUUUGCCCGCUUCGCCCCGCGCUCCGAGCCACAGUGCGUCGCCGUCUCCGCGCGCCGCGGCGCCCUUAAAUCUCAGGCGGAACGCACCGCGCGCACAUUUAAUUACGGAGAACAAAGCGAGCGACCCCGCGAGGGCGCGACGCGGCCGCGGGCGGGAGAGGGGGGAGGUGGACGAGAGGGUGGAAGCCGGAUCGGAGCGGAGCGGAGCGUGCGAUGAAGGCCCCCUGGGGAGGACAUAUAGUACGCACGGCGGCGAGCGAGAGGGGGUAGCCCCGGGGGCAGUCGGGGGCGACGCGGGGGCGCGUAAAUUACGCCAAUUACGCGGAGCGGAGCGGGGAACGGGAACCGGGGCGGGGCCGAGCGGGCGGGCCCCGCCGCUGAGUUAUCGCGAACUUAAUUCGCGCGAGCGCGGCCGGGCAUUUGCAACGAAGCGGCGCCGAUACGCGCGCCGCGCCGCGCCGCAGAGAGACCAAUCCGCGAGUCCGCCGCCGGGGAAGCGGAAGGGGCAGGAGGCGGGGCGGGAAAUGGCGGAGCGACGUGUGACGGAUAAAGAAAGAAGGUGUGUCGAGGUAAAGAGUAUUGUAUGGCAAAUGGAAAGAGGCAACGAUGGACAAUGCGUGGAAGAUAAAGAGCGAGGCUUUGCAGCUACAAAGCAACGUGCGUCGUGGAAAAAAAGUUUUGUGGUAGAGAGCAAGUUAUGGCUGAGAGCAAAAUUGAUGCGAUACAGAGCAACGUGUAGCAGAUGGAAAAUUGUGGUGGUCAACUUAUGUAGAGACCAAGAUAUGGCGGUUAUCAUGGUGUGGCGAAAUGAAGAUGGGGUGGAUAGAAAACAAUAUGUUGCAGGUAGAGAGCGAAACGUGUCGGGUAAAGCGAAAGACGAGACGGAUGAAAAUAAGUUAUGGGGAAGGCGAGAUGUUAGAAAUAAUGUAUCGCGAUAUGUGACGUACAAUCCGCGCAAGGCGGCUUCAGGAGGCGACGGCGGCUGCGGCGAGAGGUCGUCGGGGGUUCGCGCUCCGGAAUAA